AUGGCUCCCACCAGUCUUAUUACACCUGAUACUCGAAUCAAAGUUAGCUCCGUGUUGAAUCGCGACACGACAUCGUUUGGCAAGCAGUUCUUGACUGACGGCAGCGAAGAGACGUGUUGGAACUCUGAGCAGGGGCUUCCACAACACAUUCUUUGCGACUUUGGAGGCACAGCAUCCAUUCACACGAUCCUAUUUAUGUUCCAAGGUGGCUUUGUUGGCAAGACAUGCCGUGCACUUGGUAGUCUUGCCGAUAAUCCCAAUGAUUAUUGCGUGGAUCUCGGUAGCUUUUAUCCUGAAGACAUCAAUUCGACACAAACAUUUGCAUUGGAUCCAAGCACUCCCGUACAGCGUCUCAAGAUUGUGUUUGAAGAAAGCACCGAUUUUUAUGGUCGUAUUACAGUCUAUAAGAUGGAUAUUCUCGGGGAACGCACGACGGCAUAA